UCCAACAGAGAAACUUUCCUGGAGUUCUAAGGCUCCUCACACCGCGGACCGAGUCACAUAUUCUGCCCGGAGGAGACGGCAGCAAGCUCGGAGGCCCUCCAGAAAGCAGGACUACACUCACUUCUUCACCCAAGGAACGUUUUGUUACAUGCCCUACUUUCUUUCAAACGUUUCAAAGUGGGGCUGAAGUUUUUUCCUUGGCAACGUUAGCUUAUUUGGUGCAUUCCCACACCGGGCUGGAGGUCGGUACCUACAGGAAUAUGCUCAGGAAUACCACCGUUUGCUCCACUCGUAAAAAGUGAAAGGAGUCGAAAUUAACCAUUUUUUCCUAUAAAACAUUUCUUUGACUUCCUUUUCGGUGUGGAUAUGGCUUGGAUAAGAUGGGGCCUCUUAUUUUCCUUGGGUUUGUUCCUCUCCCCGGUAUGUGUGUCAGCGGAGCAGCGGCAGCAGCAGAGCGGCGUCAGGCGGCUUUAUGUGCUGCAGCCCGGGCCGGGGCCGGGGCCGGGGUCGGCUGGAGCCAACGGCGGGCUGAGAGUCAGCUCCAUCUCGACACAUCACGGCGCGGCGGGACAGCCGCACACGUAUAACGUGGAGCUCACCGCGAACUACGGCGGCCAGGUCAGGACCCGCAGGAUGGGGAACCAGGCGGCCUCAGCCCCGCAGUACAGCCACCAGCAGCCGGUGGUCCGGCAGGGCGGCCAGGAGCAGAGUCAGCAGCAGCAGCAGAUCAUCAAGCUGUCCGGGGUGAAUGUUUGUGGCGGACAGUGCUGUCAUGGAUGGAGUAAAGCUCAGGGGUCGCAGCGAUGCACGAAGCCCAACUGCAUCCCUCAAUGCCAGAACGGAGGAAUGUGCCUCAGGCCUCAGCUCUGUGUCUGCAAGCCUGGCUCAAAGGGGAAGGCAUGCGAACAGAAGACGGUGCCCACACAGCCCUUUCCAGCAGUGCCUGGGAGUGGGCCCACCAACGGGCACACCACUGCUAACUCAAAUGGACACACUAAUGGACACAAUGUGGUCCCCCAGCGGCCCAUACCUCAGCAAGUUCCUCCCAACGGUUAUGCCCCUGCCCCCGCUCCUUCAAACAACAUGGCCCAGAUGAAACUAAGUGUCAAGCCGGCCCCCCAGCUCGUUCGACCACAUUACAUCCAACAGCACAUCCAACAACAGAUCAGGCCCAUGCCCAUGCACCCAGCUCAGAGUCAGCAGUAUGUUGUAAAGCCCAAAUACUACCACACACACACUACGCACACACAGACGCACCUCCAGCCCCAACCUGAGAGGCCCAUCCCCCUCACAGUGGGACAUAACCCCAUCCAUGUGGGGAACCAUACAGGAAGGAUCAAGGUGGUCUUCACGCCAACCAUCUGCAAAUUAACCUGCAUUGGAGGCAGAUGUCACAACAACUGCGAGCUGGGAAACACCACCACCAUCAUCAGUGAGAACGGCCACGCCACUGACACCCUGACAGCCCCCAACUUCAGAGUAGUGGUGUGUCACCUGCCGUGUAUAAAUGGCGGGAAGUGCAGCACCAGGGACAAGUGUCAGUGCCCUCCCAACUUCACCGGAAAGUUCUGCCAGAUGCCCGUUCAGAAUGGUCACCAGCAGCCUUCAGGUGGCUACAGCCAGACUCAGGUCCACUCCACACACACACUGCCUCUGACCUACAGCAACGGCCAGAAUCCCGUGUUCAGCCCCAGCAUUGUCAACAUCCACAUCAAACACCCUCCAGAGGCCUCAGUCCAGGUCCACCAGGUGUCCCAGCUGGAUAACUACCACAGCAAUGGACAGCAGCUCACAGGUCCGCAGACAGGCUCCUCCUCAUCCACCAGCUACUCCUAUCACCAUUCAGAGAGCAGCCAGAAGAUCCAGCACCAUGGCUACAAUUUUGUCUACCCCGGCCAGCAUGGCUACCAGGUGCCCCAGUACCAGCCGGUCACCUCCAAGAACACACUGGGCCGCUGCUUCCAGGAGACAGCAGGCAGUCAGUGUGGGAAGGCUCUGCCAGGUCUCACUAAGCAGGAGCAGUGCUGCGGGACCAUUGGGACGUCCUGGGGUUUCCACAAAUGCCAGAAGUGUCCAAAGAAACCAUCUAUUCCUCUGAUAGAUUGUCCUCCAGGUUACAAGAGAAUCAACAGCUCUCAUUGCCAAGAUUUCGAUGAGUGCCAGGUGCAGGGUGUGUGUCCCAAUGGAAACUGUCUGAACACUGUGGGCAGCUACAGGUGCAUGUGUAAACCCGGUUAUGUCCCUGACCCCACGCUUACAACAUGCAUAUCCAACACACCUGCCAUCCAAGAGGAGAAGGGGGCUUGCUUCCGUUUGGUCAGCUCAGGGAGGCAGUGUUUGCACCCAGUGGCUACCCAGCUGAGCAAACAGCUCUGCUGCUGCAGUGUGGGCAAAGCCUGGGGCCCUCGUUGUGACAAAUGCCCCCCUCCAGGAACAGCCAAGUUCAAAGACAUCUGUCCUGGAGGAAUGGGCUACACUGUUCUACCAAAUCCACCUGUCAGUAAACCAGUUUACCAGGAGCCUGUUGACCCGCAACUCCCCGAACCCCUGCCAACACCAGAGAGACCAGUGGAGGCCUUUGGAAGACCAGAGGAGAUUAUACCAGUAGCAACAGCUGCACCCGAUCAGGAGCUGGUAAUCCCUGCGGUUAGUAAUAGGCCAGUAGUUGAACCUAUCCUGCCCCAGCUCUCUCCGGGUGUAUCCACUGUCAAGAUCGAGGCAGCCUACCCAGAGGUUGUUGAGAGGACUUCUCCACCUGCACCAGUCGAGAUCCUCCCAUCCAACGCAGGACAGGACAUUGCUCCCACCCAGUCAGCUGAGGUGGAUGAGUGCCAGAUCAACCCUUAUAUUUGUGGCCAGGGGAUUUGUUACAACACAGCUGAGGGUUACACCUGCCACUGUAAUGAGGGAUACCACCUUGAUGAUGCCCAAACCACUUGUGUAGGUGAAUGAGAGUGUUUGGAAAAUCCAUCUUUGUGCCUUGGCGGGCGCUGCAGAAACACAGAGGGCAGUUUUGUGUGUGUGUGUCCGCAAGGAUUCCUCAUCGACGAAGAGGGAACCAGUUGUGUUGAUAUCGAUGAGUGCCAGGAUCAGCUGGUCUGUACCAGAGGCCACUGCCUGAACACCGACGGCUCCUUCAUGUGUCAGUGUGGGCCAGGCUUCAGAGUGUCCCCGGCUGGAGACCAGUGUGACGAUGUGGAUGAGUGUGUGGAAGAAGCCAGGCCCUGUGAGGCUGUGGGGGAGUGUGUUAACAACGUGGGCUCCUACACCUGCACCUGCCCUCAGGGAUACCGACAGAUCAACGGCACCAGCUGCAGGGAUGUUGAUGAGUGUGUGGAUGAUCCCGAGCUCUGUUCCCCCCACGGCGAGUGCCUGAACACAGAGGGAUCGUAUCUGUGUGUGUGUGAGAGCGGAUUCACUGCCAACCUCGACACGCCCUCCUGUGACGACAUUGAUGAGUGUGGCCUGAAUGAGACUCUCUGUGGCCCUCGUGGCUACUGUGAGAACAGACUGGGAUCCUUCCGCUGCCUCUGUGAACAGGGUUACCAGGAGUCCCAAGAUGGCAGAGGCUGUGUGGAUGUGAAUGAGUGUGAGAUGCUGAGCCGUGUGUGUGGAGAGGCCCAGUGUGUGAACACUGAUGGCUCCUUCACCUGCGAGUGUCCCAGCGGUCAGAAGUAUCAGGGUAUGAUCGCCAAGUGUGAGCCUGUUCCCACAGUGGAGCGUAAGGAGUGCUACUACCGUCUAAAUGACGAGAACCUGUGUGAGAGUGUGCUGACCAGCCAUGUCACCCUGCAGGAGUGCUGCUGCACUCUGGGAGCUGGAUGGGGAGACAACUGUGAGGUGCACCCCUGUCCUGUCAACGGCACAGACCAGUUCAAUCAGAUGUGUCCAUCUGGAAGAGGUUUUAUUCCCAGUGGAGACUCAUUGUAUGGAGUACCCAUAGCUGACAGCUACAAAGACGCAGAUGAAUGUACACUGUUUGGCCAGGAGGUGUGUAAAGAAGGCUUCUGUUUGAACACGGUGGGCAGCUAUGAGUGUUACUGCAAGACCGGACAGGACUACGACCCCUCCAAACUGGAGUGCAGAGACAUCGAUGAGUGUCUGGAUGAGUCGGCGUGUGUUGGUGGACAGUGUUUGAACACAGAUGGCUCGUACAUGUGUUUCUGUACACAUCCCAUGGUGCUGGACCACAACAGUAACCAAUGUGUGUUCAUGCCUGAUGUGGCCGAGCAACACGAGGUGGAACAGGUAGACUACCAGGGGAUCUGCUGGCAGACGGUGACAGAGACCAUGACCUGCACACGGCCGCUGGGUCCCAACAGGAAGACCACAUACACAGAGUGCUGCUGUCUGUACGGAGAGGCCUGGGGCAUGGACUGUGCCCUGUGUCCGCCCAAAAACACCGAGGAUUAUGCCUCCAUGUGUAACAUUGGCGGGCGGCGGGCGUACGGUCGUGAUGCCCUCGUUGCCGGUCCAGUCCAUGAAUAUGAAGUGAGCCCGGACUAUUCACCGUCACCUGAGCAGGAACCUGUCCUGCCUUUCUACGACAAUGACGAGCAUCCCUAUAAGGCAUUUGAGGGUCUGCGAGCAGAGGAGUGCGGGAUACUGAACGGCUGUGAGAAUGGUCGCUGUGUCCGGGUCCAGGAGGGUUACACCUGCGACUGCUUCGACGGGUACACCCUGGACCUGUCCCGCAUGGCCUGCAUCGAUGUGAACGAGUGUUCAGAGCUAAACAAUCGGAUGUCGUUGUGUAAAAAUGCGAAGUGCAUUAACACGGUGGGCUCCUAUCAGUGUGUGUGUCUGCCGGGCUUCACCGCCUCUGACAAACCCAACUACUGUGUGGAGGCAGCAACACACCAAACAACACACACAGCGAGUAGUGAAGCACACUAGGGGCCGUCAAGAGACACUACAACCACACGCACAAGCUUGUAUUACUAUACUUGUGAGGACGUCCGCUCACAAUCAGACACUGCAAUAGUUUAACUCUCUGGUUUGGAUAAAGUGCCCUGCAGCACUCCAAAACACUUUAUAGCAGAAGUGACCUGGAAGAUUUGGGGGUGGAAUGACAAAAUUGGGGAGUAAGACUGUUCAGACAUCCGUUCAUAAUCUUUGCUCAAAAUGUAAUUCAGACCUCAUAAACAUAAAUCUUAAACCUUGUCUUUGAAAUAAUUAUCACAGUCAUUAUUCCAAAUUUACACUAUUAUUUAAAAUGUAUGCAAAUCCAGAUCUGUUGUUUACCAGACGCAUGUAUUUUUACUAAACCAUGGAGUUUUUUCCACAGUACUUGUGUUGUAUUAUGUCUUUAAUAAUUUUAGUGUUUUUGAAUUUGGACGUCUUAAAGUAAACCCUGUUUAAAUAUUGUAAAGUGCUCCCAAUGAUAAAGCCAAGUUUUGUAAAAAGCUCAAGAAUAUAAUUUUUUAAUGAAUUUUCAUUGAUUAUGGUGUUAACACUGUAACUUGAUCUGGUUUCUUUAGUUAAAGGAAUAGUUCAGCAUUUUGGAACAUACCCAGGCUACAUUCACACUAAUACACUGCACAACUAUUAAUAAUGAUAACUUUCUUUAAGUAGCACAAUUCAAGUAUAAAAUGAAGCACAAAGUGCUGAACAUAAAAGAACAUAAAACAUUUGUUAGAUAAAAAAAAAGAUGAUAAAAACUUAUGAUAAAAAAUACCUAAAAUAAAAUCAAAAUUGGUUGAAACACCAGGCUAAGACAAGAUAAAACAACCAUCGGCUAAAAAAACAUUUCAGGAGAAACAUGUGUCUUAACCCUUUGAAACCUGAGAAAAAGGCAAUGAGCAACUUAA